AUGGGCUUAGCCAAUGCUCCAACAAGAUUGGCUCUUAAAGCUAUACUCUCUAAAUAUACAUCUGACUUCUGUUUUCUCGCUGAACCUUGGAUGAGGUUCCAAAAUUUUCUAGACACUAUUGGCAUCUCUAGAAGCUGUUUUUCUUUCUUAUACUUUGGAGUCCUCAUCUUCAAGGAUAAACCUAAGGCCAGGUCUCUCAUUUGUUUAAAUGAAGCAUUGAAUCUUAAGUUAUGUUGGGACUUGAACACUUCUUUGGAGGACUGGGAUAAUUUGCAUAGAGAGAGGACUAUUUGGCCAACCAGUUUCAUCAAACAUCAUAUUCCAUCUUCAAUAUGGAAAGGUAUUAAACCUGGCCUAAACACUAUCAAUAGCCAAUCCAUUUGGAUUCUUGGGGGUGGAAAAAGCAUCAAUUUCUGGGGAGAUUCUUGGUGCGGAAGCCUUCUGGUUUCUGAAUUGGAUUCAAAUUCCCUCCCUCCUAAUUUCAAUCUCAACGCCAAGGUUUGUGAUUUCUGCAACUCCAAUUCAUGGAAUAUUACAGUGGCCUGGCAUAAUUUCUUCCCCUUCUUGAAGAUAUACUUCCUUCUAUAG